AUGGACUACGAGGAGAUACUCUUUGGGCUGAAACCACUACUUACUGCGGAGUCCCUGGAUUCCCUUUUAGUGAAUGAUGAUUUUCUACAAAAGUCUCUACAAUUCUUGGACAAUCUCGCUGUAAGUCUGAGAUCUCCGGAGAACCGGGAUUUGGUACGGGAUACCGGAAUUUUCGGUGAAUUGUUGCGUCUACUGGAGAGGACUCUGGCUAGUGCAUUUGGGAAACCUGCACUCCCCUCAGGUAAUACUGCCCACUGGAGACUAAGCUCGGAAUUGAUCAGAUGUGUGGCAAAUUGCUUGGUUGACAAUGAUACCAACAGACAUUAUCUUUUGGAACACGAGUAUGGUUUAACUACGGAUCAGAAUACGCUAUUCUAUUACAUUAGUCAGAUCUUAGAGUUGGAGAAAUUGCCCUUUGAGGAAACCCAAAAUGACCAACUUCUUUUGGAGAUUCACAUGAGAUCCAUAGUCACGAUGAAAAACCUCUGCUUGGACAAUGAAAGCUGUACAAACAGAGUUUUACCCCAAAUGCGUACACACCUCCUCAAAUUCUUAGAGCACACCUUGUCAGGUUAUUCAGAGGAUGGCGAAAAUGUCGUCCUUGCAAGCGAUUUACUAGUAGAUUGCCUUUCAGUCACAACAAAGAACAGUACGUCACACGAUUGCGAGGUUCUUGCCAAUUGUAUCCUUCAAACCUCAGCAUCAUUGGAAAGUACCGUGCUUUGUGAUGGUGAAGUGAACGACAAGGAAGAGGGCGAGGAGAAUGAGGAAUCAGACACUACGAGCUCCGAUCCGGAUACGGACAUUUUGUUCAAUAUUUCGCAAGGUUUGGAAAUAAUAGUUUCCAACCAAAGCAAUUUGAAGAUAGACUCCUCCAUCGUACCAUCCAUGCAGGAACAAUUAUUAAGUGCCCUGGAUAAUCUGUCAUCAAAAAUAUUUACGAAUAAACUGAUUAUAAUGAGAAGAAUUAUGAGUAUAGCUGGGCACAUAUCGGCCAAUCUGACCUGUUGCAACAGGGAUGAAAGGAAUAUAUGCUUAGAUAUUCUGAAGACAAAUAUGAAUGACUACACUGUUGCCACCGCUCUACUGAUUCUAACAAACUCAAUAUCGGAAAGAGCGGACGUUGACGCCAUAAUAGAAGGUAUCACUCUCGAGGAGCUUAUUAACGUCGAAACUGUACUGAAGGAUCCGUUUCAAUACCAGGGAUACCUUGAUAUCCUUAAAAAAGUCUUUAAUAUGAACAAUGCGAUGUUCCUACAAACACCCGCUGCAAAGAAACUCUUUGAUUUUUGUCAGAAAUGCUCUGCGCAAUUAGCAUACUUUGAAAACCUGUCGCCAUUGUUAGAUAGUUUAUUGAAGAAGGUGAUAACGGUGUUUCCGAGCUCCACAUUACUGACACUGGCGACUGCACCAAAUUCUAGUGUACUGAGAGUGGUGCAAGAGAGGGGUAGUGUAUUAUCCUGCUUGCUACUGGAUAAACUGCUAGUUGCAAGAACGCAGCCUCCUAACACAAUAGUAGAGAACUUACUUGUCAAGGCGUUCAAAUUUGAAGAGGGACCAGCAAGCUUCACUGCAGGUGGAAGUGGCGUUUCCGUCGAGUUUUUGUUUCAAAUGACCAAGACCGUCGGAAUUUACAUACGUAAUUGCGAACUGGCGAAGGUUUCAUUGGAGGAUAUUCUUUUGUUCAGGGGCGAAAUUGUGCCGAAGUUGGACCAGUUGCUUGCGACCGCUCUAAAUUUGAAAAAUAAACCGGAUAAUGGGAGUAAGAGUGUGUUUAAUAACGGGAGGUUUAUUGCUGGCAUUAUCUUGAACCUCUCGAAGAUACACGCCGAAUCCAAUCCCCAACUAGCAGAGCUGGUGACCUUAAGCGGAAAGUUUUUUUAA